CGUGAAUACUCGAAACCCGAUUAGAUAUGAGUAUGAUUUUGAUAUUUUAACCGAUUCUUUUUUUAGAUAAGGGUGACAUAAGUUGAUUUUUAUAAUUAGAUGCUACUGAAGGGAUUGAAAUCUACGACCUCCAGGUUCAAGACUAGUGGUAUUACCACUAGGCAAAGCCUUCGUUCGCUUUUACUCGAUUCUUGUAAGGGUACGGGUAUGAGCAAAACCCAAACUAUUUUGGGUAAAGUAAUUGAUAUGCAAUAUCUAACCCCAACCCGAGCCGUUGCCAUUCUCAAGUUGCAUAUAGUAUUGGCCCAUAAUCAGUCGUCCGUCUCCUCCAAGGAAGCUGAUAGUGGUGGUUUUCGUUAACCCUAGGUGAUUGCAACAAUAGGGUUAUAAAAACUUGUAUUUUGGCAUACAACCGAUUAAGAAAAACCUAAAAAAUCUACCUCUUCCCAUGGAUGUAAGCCUCACACAACGUGAGGAAGAACCACUUUAAAUAUAGAGUCUCGAUUUAUUUUACAUGAUAUCAGAGCUCAAAGGUCCGGGGUACUGUUCAUUGCUCAUCAUGGUCGGCUCGGAAGAUAAGUCUCUCCCCUCCAUGUGGUCCACCGCAUCUCUUGCCAUGCACGAGCCGCCCUCCCAUCCGUCUAUCAGUUGCACAGUUGGGAUGGCCCCGGUUAUAUGCUCAUGGGCGAAGCUCUCACGGCUUUGAAUUACGGUGAGUGAGUUUUAGACACGAAGGAUGCUUUGAUUGCUAAGCAUAAAUUUGUUUUUGUUGAUGGUUCUCUCAUGAAGCCUGCUAUAGGAGAAGAAUGCAGUACUUGGAUUCGCUGUGAUGCGAUGGUUAAGGGUUGGCUCAAGACUUCUAUGGACAAGGAGAUCCACAACAACAUUCAUUCUGCGGAAACCGCCCAGGCAAUUUGGGCUGAUUUGCGGGAGAGGUUCGGUAAAGGCAGCUCUUCACGUGCCUAUGAACUCCAACGCCUCACUAGUCUUCUCCGAAAAGAGAAGACCUUUGUUUCGGCCUUCUACACACAUUUGCGAUCUCUGUGGGAGGAGGCGACUGCCAUCACUCCUCUUCCAGCCUUACUUGUGGCCUUUGCACGUGCGAUGUCAGUCGUCGUGUUCGUGAACAUCAAGAGCAUUCUCCGCUCUUCAAUUUUUUGAUGGGGUUGGACGAGGUGGUUAGUCCUAUUCGUAUACAUAUCUUAGCUAUGCGGCCUACCUCUAAUCUUGUCGAGGCCUUUCACUUAGUUCUCAAUGAUGAACAAUAGAAAUUCAUCACACAGAAACGUCGUUCCUUGGAAGCCGCUGCUUUUAUUGCUCGUGGUGAGUCCGAUAAGGGUGGUCGAGCAACGGGGGAGCGCGAUUGUGGCAUGGGGGAGCAUGAGCGCCUUGGUCACAUACACGAGACCUGUUAUAAGCUAAUUGGCUAUCCCCUAGGGAUAAGCAAGGUGAUAGUGGAUCUUUAAUGUCCAGAAGAGCAAUCAUUGCCAAAGAAAAACCACAAAACCAACGAGAAAGAUUGAACAAAACUAGCAACAUAGGUCAUCACAGUCACAAGUGCCAAAACAGAGUGACAUCAAGCUCCUCUUGCUUCCACAACCAACAAAGCAGCAACAAAGCAUGGUUUCAAGUUUCAACUCUCCUGACACAUACAAGACCAUGAGUUGCUGCCUGGGGAUCAUUCAAAGAUGACACAUCAUAGUGAAUCACAAGAUUGAGAUUGCUCGGGGAAGGGCAGGGGCAGGGGCAAUCUCUCUGUGAAACAAGAGUAUUUUGCCACUAUACUAUAAUUUAUUUUACAUUUAAAAGCUAAUAUAAAUCAAUUUAUCACACUAUAAACAAAAAUCCCAAUUGAGAUACACCCCAAACUGGAUCUCUCUAUCUUUUGAAGUUAGUUUUGACUCUUCCUGUUGCAACUGCAAAUGUAAAAAAAAGCAUUUUUCAGUUUUGAGUUAUAUUAAGAACAAAUUUCGAAGUCGAAUUGCAGAGCAGUUGAAUACAUGGAAAAAGAUUUACUUAAGAGUGUAGACAACUAAUGUAUUUUUGCAUUUCUUUCAGAAUAUGAAAAUACGUCAUGGUUGUUUGAAAAAUCAUUGAUCAUAUUAGUCGGAUAUUUCUUAUUAUAUAUGAAUUAAUUGUUUGAAUAUGAUUAGUUUUAUUUAUAUUUAAUUAAACAUUUAUAUUCAUGAGAGAGGACACCGAUACUUAAUAAUGUUGGCUCUGCCACUGAUCAUUGCAUGAUAUUACACUUAAGUAUAGAAGUGAUUGAUUGGAUUGAUAGGGCAUAUGACCACAUAAGACCUCUCAAUUAGGGUGAAGCAUGAUAUGAGAAUUCACGUAUCGAUUUAUAGUAGUUUAGUUUAAUUCAAACCACUCAAUUGCGUCGGUUAGAUAAUAUAAAAGGGGCUAAUUACUAGCAUUCAAAAUAUUUGUGGGAUACGACCUUGUUUGCUCUGUACGACUUUCAAAUGAUAGAUAUGCUUGCCUUAGUUUAGUCUCACCAAAAAUCAAUAAUUUUAAGAGAGAACGAAGAUAAUUACAAUAGAAUUACUUAAUGAUAUAAAAUAUUAAUCCAGUUAAAUGAGAGAGAUGGUGACAAGUGAACGAACGAACCAAUCUCAAAAGAUGAAAACCCUAGAGACUAGUUCCACCUUGAUAUACAGAUUGUGUUUUGGAAGUUAGAUUAAAUGUUACUCACUAUGCCAUGUCCACAAAAGAUGGACCAAACAAGAGAGCCCAAACAUAUACUUCACAAUCUACAACAAAAAGAGUACUAAUAGUACCAUACUCUUAAGCUAAUUUGAAAGCUUUGAAUGAAACUUUAGCUUCAAU